AUGACUGGGAAAAAGAAGAAAGAAAUCGAGCAGGAAGAGGAGGAAGAUGUGGAGUGCACUUGGGAAUGUACGGUGUGCACCUAUCGAAACAAGGGAGAAGCAUUUAAAUGUGAUAUGUGUGAUACGAGAAAAGGCACCUCGACAAGGAAACCCCGUUUGAACGAGAAUGUAGUGGCCAUGCAACAAGUUGUGCAAAAUUUCGCCAUCCACCAGAGUUUCAUCCAUCCGAAAACGCCAAAACGUGCGAAGAAUUCACAUGCUGAUUCACCGACUCCUUCCUCUUCGCGGCUAUCACCGGAGAGCAUUUCUUCAGGUCCAAACUCUCGUCCAACUUCAUCGCAAAAGGGGAGCACGAGGAGGAGCGACGAAAAAACGAGAAGACGAUCCGUUCCGUUGCCCGAUAAUUUGAUAUUCAGGAGUAGUCCGCAAAAGAAGGAGGUCAACGUGAACGGAGUGAAAGCGACGAUUGCCGAGUUUCGGCCAAGACCAGCAGCAAAAGAACGAAUACACGCGAUAUUGAACGAUUUGCGAAAAGAUGAUUCCCAGAGAUUGAAAGAGACAAAAAUUAGCCCGGUGAAGAUGGAAAUUAAACAGGAAACGAAUUCACAAACUGAAGAGACACAAAGUUUGACAUCAAAUGGACAAGAAUGUAAGGAGAAUCUGAAAAUUGAGACACCGAUUGAAGCGGAGACUCCUUCGGUUCCAGCUUCA